UUCGUUGUUUGGUCAAUUGCGCGUCAUGAAGCUGUUGCCAGUCCUGUUGAUUGUUAGCCUGGCCGUGUUCUGGACCACGGUCCAGGGAAAUGCCGUGCCGGACUCCAAGCCGGAGGGUUCCGAGGCCGUAAACGAAGUGGACACCGAGGACACUUCCGAGGAAGGUGAGGCCAAGCCACUGGGCGUGGCGGCGAUCAAAGUACGGCACGUCAGCGAGGAUCAGGAACUGUGCUCCAAGCUGUCCCGCUACCACCCACACCACCCACUGUGCCACAACUACUGCAAGCGGCAAGGUCACUGGGUGGGUCAGUGCAAGAAGGAGCGCUGUCAUUGCUUCAAUAUCUGAAAUAAAUAUUCUGUGAAAAGAAAAUAUAAAGCCUAAAGUUUCCCAAAA